CGGCCGGGCGGGUCGGUGCCCGCUGCCCCCGCAGCCCCCACGGCUGCAUGACCGCCGCGGUCUCCGCACGUCUGGAUUCGGUGGAGUCCCGGGCCUUCCAUGCGCUGCUGGUGCUGCCCUAUAUGUUUUACGUGGGCUUGUUCUUUGUCAACGUGCUGAUCCUGUACUAUGCUUUCCUGAUGGAGUACAUCGUCCUCAAUGUGGGCAUCGUUUUCCUGCCCGAGGAUAUGGACCAGGCUCUGGUGGAUCUGGGGAUGCUCUCUGACCCUGGCUCCGUGCUCUACGAGACGGACAGCGAGCUGGAUGUCUUUGACGGGUACUUGGAGUGACGGCCCAGGGCGCUCCGAAACGACUGAGCUCUGCCGCCGCCUGGCCCGGGGCAGGGGCCCGCCGUGCCCGCAUGGCCGCAGCUCCGGGAGCGCCGCGGCCCCGGGGUGCCCUCUCUGCGUCGCGGCUCCUGCGCAUCUUCCCUUCCAAAUGACACACUCCCCGCUGGUGCAGGGGCCACAGGGGCAGCCGGGACCCGCUGCCACCGGGCAGGCCCGCAGAGACGCAGAGGGCUCGCAAGGGAAAUUCAUUAAACACCUGAAAUGGAUUAUGACCAGGCUAAUGGAUCAAGUCCUGGAAAGAAACUAUACUCUGAAAUGUAGAGAUGAAAAUAAGGAGAAGAGAACAAGAAGAAUUGUCAUCAGACCUUGUCAGUUGUGACUUCUCUUCAUGGUCUUUGCCUCUUGUGUGUGCACUUACUGCAGUGUUCAUGCACCAUACUGGGCUUCCAUAGGUAAUUCUGGGAUGGACUAUAUGAAAAAAUAAGAUAAACUAUGUUCCAUUAUAACAGAAAAUCAGGAUGUUACCCAGAUUUGAUAAACUUUUGAAUGAAUACCAUGUCACCAAAAUGGACACACUCCACAUAUAGCUUAAGCCAGUUUUACAAUCACACGUUGAAAAUUCUACCAGCCAGUAGUUCAAAGGCAGUGCUUUCUCAGGGGAAAAUAUGCAGGAGUGACUGAAGGAGGUUCUCUUCAGGGAGUAUUAUGGCAAGAACUGUGCUAGUAACAUAUUUUAUUUAAAAUGAGAGUUUUGAAAUAGAUCAGAGAGAGAAUUUUAUAUAAGUCAGGUGGAUUCAUUAUUUAACAUAGGAUACUUUGCAGAUUGUUUAAGCUCACGUUCCUAUGUACAGAUGUGAAAGCAAUACAAUAAAGACUGACCUUUUCCAUGAAAAAUCAA